AGGCCAACAUGUUGGGUCCCUGGGACCGACUCAAUCAAGGAUUUUCACAGUAUGACCCAGAGACCUGUCCAGUCGCUCAAGAGCUUCUACAGUGCCCCACCUCUCUCUGCCAUCAUACAUGAAUCGAAUGUUACAAACUUUGAAGAUGGAUUCUUUUUACCCAGCAGUUGCUACAGCAGGACCUGGCUCCUGGACAACUUUCUAGAAACCUGCAGGAAGACCACCAGCUGCAUAGCACCCGAAGGUGAACAGGAAUUACACAGAGCUGAGAGCUGUGUGCAAAAUGCCUGUCUCUCCAGAGUCGUCCAAACAACUUGUUCUAAUUCCAGGCCCUGUGAAAGGACAGCAUGCCAGUCAAGAAGUUCCUCGGCAGUGUUGGAGUGUGUUUCUCAGCCUUGCCAGUCAGGAAGUAGCCAGCAAACGGGGUUUGUAGUCCAGAGCUGCCAACCUGUGAGCAACAUGGCAAAGUCUUGUCCACCCAAGACGUAUGUGUCUAAGAGUUGCCAGACUCUGGAAUGUGACUGUAGCCAGUGCCAAGCUCAGAGCCCUGGAUCCAGUUCCUGUAGCUCUUUGGCCUACGUCACACCCAAGUCACAACUCCUGGAAACUUCUUCUAACACUUAUGAGCCAACUUGCUGUGUUACUGGUGGGUCAUCAUUGCCUAGUGAGUGAAGAAUCUGCAGAAUGUGUAGGGAGACUCAGAUUUUAAGUUCUAUAACUUGAGUCCUGAAAAAUAAGAUCUUUUAUUUCUCUAAACACAAACUACUUUUGCCUAUGUUUGUGAGUGAAUGAACAGGCCUGUACUGUCUCCAAUGAGAAAAUUUUUUACUUUUUUUUUUUUCCCCUUUUUGAGUAUUUUUGGUGGUAAGCUAGGCUUCUCCAGUGGCUCAGUUGUAAAGAACCUGCCUGCAAUGCAGGAGACAUGGCAGCAGCCUCGGGUU